AUGAAUCUCCCCGUUUUGACACUGCAAAUGCGGCGUGUUUUCUUUGUCUUGUUGGUAACUGGCUUGGUGGUAGUGGUACUUUCUGGUUUAUUGAUCAGUGUGAUCAAACAUGUUGAGCAUAAUGUUUAUGUACUUGCUUUUUCGGAGAGUGGGUUAAUCAACCUUGUUCACAAGGAUUGCAGUAUGGCAAUCGUCCUCCUGAUUUUGAUGAUUGUCAUUAUGGCUGUCUUCCUCUUUAGUUAUUUUUUCCUAAUGCUGGCUGCUGCCAAACGGGAGAUUCAACUUUGUACCAAACUCAUAAAACAAGAUGAGGCAAUUCGACAAGCUGAGACAAAGAGUAUGAAAAAAUCUGAUGCAAUUACAAGCGCAAGCCAUGAUGUUCGUAAUGCUCUUGCUUGCAUGACUGAAUUGAUCAAGAUAUCCUGCAAUGAAGUUUCCCAGGGCUCCGAAAUAAAGAAAUAUCUAACACAAAUGGAUGCAUGUACUAAACACCUCUUGGGUAUUUUGAACUCUAUUCUUGAUAAAAGCAAAAUUGAAGCGGGUAAGAUGGUCCUUGAAGAUGAGGAAUUUGACAUAUUCCAACUUGUUGAAGAGGUAAUCGAUUUCUUUCUUCCAUCGGGUUUAAAGAAGGGCAUAGAUGUGGUGUUGGAUCCUUAUGAUUGCUCUCUCCUAAAGUUUGCACACGUGAGCGGUGAUAGGAGAAGGCUUAAGCAAAUAUUAUGCAACUUAUUAGGGAAUGCUGUCAAAUUUACUUCAGAGGGACAUGUCACAGUUCGUGCUUGGGUUCAGAAACCUAGUUUCAUGAAUUCAAUCACUGCGCAUGCUGAUUCUGAUCAGAAUAAUGGUUUCUUGAAGCAUUUGUUGUGUUUUUUUAACAAGACCAAAGAACAGUCAGAUGGCAUAAAAGCAGUGAUUGGUGUUCAACAUGAUCCAAAUUAUUUGGAAUUUGUUUUUGAGGUGAAUGAUUCAGGGAGGGGAAUUCCCAAGGAGAAGCAAAAAGAAGUGUUUGAAAACUAUGUCCAAGUCAAAGAAAAAGCUCAUGGAGAAGGAGGUACUGGCUUAGGACUUGGUAUCGUUCAGUCUCUGGUACGCUUGAUGCACGGAGAAAUAGGAAUUGUGGACAAGGAGAUUGGUGAAAAAGGGACAUGCUUCAGGUUUAAUGUUCUCCUGAGAGCUAUUAAUCUGCGUGAGGAUCAUAUAAAAUUACAACAAGACCUUGAAUUGGGAGGUGACCCUAGUUGUGAUGACAGAGAUCAACAAUUGGGAUUAAUGGCAAAUGCAAACCCCAGGGUGACCAUAAUUCCUAGUCCAAAUCUCACACCAAUUGGCAGUCCUAGGUUGAAUGUAUUCCGCAGCACCCCUAGUAGUGCUAAGGUAGAGGAAUCCAUUGUUGUACUACUGAUUAAAAAUGAAGAGCGGCGGAGAAUAGUUUACCAGUUCAUGAAGAGCAGCCUUGGGAUAAAGGUAUCAGUGGUAGAACAAUGGGGACAACUAGCUCAUACUCUCAUGAAAGUAGAACACAUGAAGAUGAAGGGUCAUCCUAGUUCGUCUUCAGGAAUAUCUGAUUUGGGUCUGCAGGACUGCUUGAGCAAAUCUACAUCAUGCAACUCCGGUAAUAUAGCAAAGGAGGUGCACCCUUUAAUGAGUGCUAUGGAUGAAACGUACAAUAAUGUGUGCUCUCUAUUUAAGAAGACGACUACCAAUGACCGUUUGGUUAGAAAAUCCGCAGUCUCAUAG